UAAGUACACCCAAGGAAUCUCUCGCUCUUUGACACCGUCUCAACAACACCCGGCACGCUUUUCUUACACAAAAAGGACGGUUUUCACAAAAGAUCAAAUCAUAAGUGUUUGGGUACAGUUUAUACAGAUGCUCAUGGAAAAUUGUGUCCGCAACACUUCAACUGGACAACCUACUGAUCUUUCGGACCCCGUAAGGCAAAAGGACCAAGUGCCGAGGUGCCUGGCCACACUUCCACACGUUUUGGACGUCGAAUAUAUUUUAAGUCAUAGCCCAAAUGGUAUCUGAAUAUGAGCCCGUUUCUAAAAGUGAUGCAGUUGUUUCUACUCAUGACAGCCACCGUUCUUGGCAUGCUAAUGCUUCUUCUCAUUACCCCAGAUCUAGAAGACUCGAUCUUGGCCGCCAUGAGGCGUUAUCACCAUAGCAAACAGUCUCCGACUCCAGCUCCGUUUAUUUCGACGGGAAGAAGUACCGAUGCCUACCAAGGAGGAGGAGGCGGCGGGAUGGUGGUCGAAUUGGACAGACGAAGAAAGGAAUUUUCACCAUGGCCCAAUUCGAGAGACUGUUCAAGGUUCAGAGUUCAGUUUGCCAGGCAGAAAAGUCUUCCGAUGACUGCUUUGGUCUCGUUCCCAGGGAGCGGGAACACAUGGCUGCGCUACCUUCUAGAAACUGCGACCGGCGUUUUUACCGGAAGCGUUUAUACGGAUCGUCAAAUUAUCAGUAAAGGUUUCUACGGAGAAGCGGUGCCGCCGGACUGCGGUUGCACUUCCGUGCAGAAGACGCACGGCUUCGCCCUGGCCGGUUUCGUCCCUCAGGAGAAGAAGAAAUCGGCCGAGGUCCUCUGGUUCAGAGGAAGGGCGAUUCUGCUCCUUCGCAACCCUUACGAAGCGUUGCUCUCAUACAGGAAUUUCCUCUACGGCGGUCAUACGGGCUUCGCGCCGAACGACAGGUUCAGGGGUCCAGAUUGGGAGAGAUUUGCGUUACGGCUUGCCGUUGUUUGGAAGGAGCUGGCUGCAACGUGGAUAAACAGUACACGAGGCGGUGAAGCGAUCGCAUUGCAUUUCGAACGUUUGAAGAUAAACCCAGAAACGUGUUUGCACACCGUUUUGUCAUUUCUGAACAUUGCCUGGGAUAGCCGAAGACUCUCUUGCGUCCUAUCGCACAUAGACGGACCCUUCAGAAGGCCACGUUCUCCCCAGAGCCUUAUAUUUGAUACCAGAGAUCCUUUCUCACCACGCCUUCACCUCCUUAUCGACGGCCUCAUACACGAGGUGAACGAUAUGCUCCUCAAGAGAGGAUGGGAACAAAUGCCUGUUCAUUUGUUCAAAUUUUACAAAGGAAACCAAACAAAACUGCGCAAGUCUCAAGUCUACUAGUAAAUUUUUUGUACAUAAAUGUAGAUGUAAAAAUAACAACGAACCGGAUGGUGGAUGUUGUAAGUUUGGAAUAUUUCGACUCCUGACUUUAAACGAAACAAGGGAAUUUAAAGUAUUUUGAUUUCACCAAUGAAAUAUUGGUUUUGUAAUAAAUUUUGCUAAUUAAAUUUAUAAAAAAAAAAUAGUGUAGAAAUCUCCAGUUAUUUAGUAGAAGCUUUUGUACAACCGGACAAACCGUUUGUUUUGAAACAUUUUCAAGGCAAAUUCGUUUUCCUAGCACUGACAAUAAUUUUUCACAUACAAUCUCUCGCUUAAAAUAAAAAUCUUGUAAUAUUAUAAAUUAAUACCCGUACACGAUUAUAGCAAUAUUACUGAAUAUGUUUUACUAAAUUUUGGUCAUAGGCACUAGAGAGGAGGAGAAUGAAUUGAUUUUCAAAUUUCCGCUUAAAAUAUAUUGUAAAAAUUAAAGACUCCAAUUGGGUAUUCAUUCCAAUUCGUAUUUUAUUGUCGGCCUUCUGAACUUUGUGGAGCAGUGUCAACAAUAAAAACAAAGUGCCUACGGAAUCGCCAAUUUUACUGAUGCAAAAUCGUUAUUAUUUUUAUAAUAGAUAUAUAAAAAUAUUUAAAAAAAAAAAGCUAUUGCCUUAUUCAUACUGUAAUUUAAAUGUUAACAAACGAGUGGAAAUGCUCUCAACACCAAUAAAUCAACAUAUAUUAGCUUAACAAUAUCGUUUUAAUAUUAAUUGAAUACUUCCAAUAAAAUUAACACUAUCGACCACUUUAUAAAGCUAGUCUUACAAUCCAGUGGUCGCCAAAUGGCGUUCCAUAAAGCUAUGACCCAGUGGACACCACAUCGAGUUUUAUUAGGCAAAAGUCCAAUUACGCAGCUGAAGCCACUUGGCGUUUCAUAAUGCGAGUUCUAUUAUGAGUCUGGCGCCACUUGGCGUUUUAUAAUGCGAGUUCUAUUAUGAGUCUGGCGCCACUUGGCGUUUCAUAAUGCGAGUUCUAUUAUGCGUCUGGCGCCACUUGGCGUUUCAUAAUGCGAGUUCUAUUAUGCGUCUGUCGCCACUUGGUGUUAUACAGAGGUAGUCUAACAAUCAAGUGGACGCCACAUAGGCUGUUCGAAAGCGAGUUCUUUUACGUGUCGGACGCCACUUGGCAUUUUAUACAGCUAGUCUUACAACCCGGGGACGCCACAUAGGGUUUUAUAAAGCCACAUGGCGUUUCGUAGGGUAUUCCUAUUACCAGUCGGACGUCACUUGGCGUAAGGCUUUUAGGGAGGUAUGUAGACUACUAGCGAGCGGCCCAGUGCUGAUAGUGUAAGAUAUUGGGAGUUGUAUAUGAGCAAUAUUUAAAAUGAGAUUUCAGUUAGUGUUACGUAAAUAUAAUUAAUUUUCGCUUCGCUUUGUUUACAAAUAUUGCGAAAUUAACUAUCACAAACGCAUAAACUUUUGGACAUUGUCGUUUAUAGCGCUCAAAAUUCCGUCCAUUCAAAUUAACAGAGGUAUCUAUUUAAAAAAAAAUCUUUGUGUACUUAUAAAAGCUUUUUAGACGAAAAGUGCCUUUCGUAUUGCUAAAACUGCAGCGUGUUAUAUAGCCUGUCCACUAUUUCAUCAUUUUUCCUCAUAAGAAGCUCACAUGUUCUAUUCGAACGUAGUAAUCACGAUUGAAAUAGAUUGUAUAGCGUCAUUAGUUUCUUGGAAAGUUUUUCUGGUCCUCUUUAUUCUAAGACGAGAUUGUUAUUUUACUGGAAAGCAAUCUUAGUGAUACAUUAAAGAAAUAAUUAAAUCGAAUUAUAAUUGUUAAUUAGAUAAUUAAAGCAUUAAGCGAAAAUAAAUUUCAAAAAAUAUUAACCUUAAAGUUUACAAGUUUGACUAUGUGAU